CGAUGGUCAAGAAAUAUUGAAGGCGUUCCGAGAGUCGGGGAGAUUUGAACCGAGUACCGAAACCAAGGCAAUUAUAGAGGCGAAAUACCAAGCAAUGAACGUGUUGGAUCUUAUUUUUGAUUCCACCUUAAGCAAGCGCCGGGAGGCAUUUGUGGAUAUUUUUAUGAGAAUUCCGAAUGUCAAUCCAAGCCCUCAUUUUCAAGCAAAACCAGGAAUGUUGCCGGAGUUAGUUCCCAUGAUAAAAGAUCAUUAUAUAUUGGAAGAAAGUUCAACACGUGUAUCAUUACAACAGCUAGCGAACAUAUUUGACAAAACCUCAAAUCUGAAAGAUUUUCAGAUUGUAGAAAUUCUGAUGGACCUGUCGGAGUACAAGUACGGCCAUAUGAUUAGCAAGUCCAUGCAUCUUCUCAACCGCUAUUUCUCCGCCCACCAUAGUCUUUUUGGCAGCGCGUUGCAUACUCGGGUGCUCAUCAAUAAGGACUCGGUUAAAUUACACCGUUUUCUGGAAGGAAAGCUUCCAGAGCUGCACCGUCUAUCUACAAGCAAACUUGGUGAAAUGGAAAUCACACAGCUAACUUCAAUUCUUGAUGAGCUGAUAAAGAACAGUCACCUGAAAGGGGAUAAGGCAGAACCUCAUGGCAUGAACCAAAAUAUUAUGUUCAGUCAUGGUAAGAUUGUAAUCAAUACGUAUAUGUAA